CAAACUGCCCCUUCAGUUUCACUCCAACUCUUGAUGGAAGUGGAAGUAGCGAACGCGCGUCAAGUUUUAGUUACAUGCUGCCGUGGCAAUGGUCUGAUUGCCGGACGAUCGCGAACUACGAAACCAACUCAUGAAGAAAGUUAUUAUUCUGUGAUAUUACAAUUUUUUUAAAGACUUUAUACAAAAUGUGGCCGGCGAUGUUCGCAUUACCAGUCUUUUUGUGCGUUAUUUUGGUUGUGACGGUGUUGCGUGUGGAAUGCCGGACUUUAAUAAGUGACCGGCAAACUCCGAAGGGAUGCGAAUGGCAAAUGCAGAGAAUAGAAGAGUCCGAUGACAAAGAAGAACCUGUUCUCGUGUGCCAGAUCCGAACCAUCAACGCCGCAGACGGACUUUUGGCCAAUUUAACCCAAAAUCAGGCAGAUCGUAUUACGGCCCUUCGGCUAGAAUGCAGCGACGUCUUUUUCUUCGAAAGCACUUUGGAACGCAGCAAGUACAGCUCAAACUUUCUGUCCCACUUGAGACGACUGAGGGAUUUGCGGAUCGAGUUUUGUAAAAUUCGUAACAUUCCAUCAUCCGUUUUCACUUCUCUACGAGAACUCAGACGAUUCUCGCUGAGAUCCCACAACUCCGACUGGUCCGCGAUGACUCUGGAACUGCAUUCCGAAAGUUUCCGGAAUUUGGGAGAGUUACGAAGUUUAGAUCUUGCAGAUAACAAUAUCUGGACUACGCCGUCAGAUUUGUUUUGCCCCAUGUACAAUCUGAAACGGCUGAAUCUCACGAAAAAUAAAAUCCAAGACGUUGCAUCUCUCGAAUUCUCAGACUGGGGUAAAGGUCCACUGGCCCCAGGGCAUGCCUGCAUAAACGGUUUAGAAAUAUUGGAUCUUUCCGAUAACGCCGUCAUCUCCAUCCCAGACAACAGUCUUACCGGUCUUCGUGCUUUGGAGGAACUCCAUCUACAAGAAAACGCUAUUUCCACGUUGGGCGAUCGAGCUUUCGUGGGUCUCAGUGGUCUUCACACCCUAAACUUGUCCAGUAACGCAAUCGUUGCACUUCCUCCAGAACUGUUCCAAUCGUCUCGCGAUAUUCGGCAUCUUUACAUACGAAAUAAUUCGUUAAGUGUCCUCGCGCCAGGACUAUUAGAAGGACUCGAUCAAUUACAAGUGCUCGACCUGUCAAUGAACGAUUUGUCGAGUCGUUGGGUGAACAGAGACACGUUUUCCGGUCUGGUUCGUUUGGUUGUGCUAAAUCUCGCGUUUAAUUCGUUAACGCGUAUCGACUCGAAUGUGUUCCACGAUUUGUACAGCUUGCAAAUAUUGAAUCUGGAGAACAACAAAAUAGACUUUAUAGCGGAAGGUGCCUUCUCCGAACUAAAAAAUCUCCACGCUUUAACGCUUUCCCAUAACAAUUUGGUCGAAAUUGAUGCCCAUCAUUUCUCUGGUAUGUACGCUUUACACCAAUUACUACUGGAUUCCAACAAAAUCGAGUCUAUUCAUCCCGAUGCGUUCGAAAACGUAACGAAUCUGCAAGACAUCGGCCUGAAUGGAAACGCGCUGGGAGGUGUGCCCCAAGGAUUAGGAAGGCUCCGAUUUCUAAGGACUUUAGACCUGGGAAAGAACCGCAUCGAAUCUGUUACUAAUUCUUCGUUCGAAGGCUUGGAUCUGUUGUACGGUUUGAGGCUCGUCGAUAAUCUCAUAGUGAACAUUUCUAGAGACACGUUUUCAUCUCUUCCAUCUCUGACUGUUCUGAAUUUGGCCUCUAACCGCAUCAAAUACGUCGAACAAAGUGCUUUUGCGAGCAAUACGGCCCUGAAGGCGAUAAGGUUGGACAGUAACGAACUAACCGACAUAAGUGGCGUGUUUACCAAUUUACAAACUUUAGUUUGGUUGAACGUAUCUUCGAAUAAACUCAUGUGGUUCGAUUACAGUCAUCUGCCAACCAGCUUGGAAUGGUUGGACAUGCACGAGAAUGAAAUUAACGAGCUGGGUAAUUAUUACGACGUACGUAAUACGCUUAAAAUAAAAAUGCUAGACGUAAGUUUUAACUUGAUCAGUGAAAUAAACGAGAACUCCAUUCCAGACAGUGUCGAAACUCUAUUUAUAAACAAUAAUCGCAUUGCGACCGUGCAUCCUGGAACGUUUUAUAAGAAGCUGUCUCUCGAAAAAGUCGUCCUUUACGGCAACAAUAUAAAAAACCUGGACUUGGCUGCGCUAAGUUUAACGCCCGUAAACAACGAUAGAGAUCUGCCGCAAUUUUAUAUCGGCGGCAAUCCGUUUUAUUGCGACUGCAGCAUGGAGUGGCUUCUGCGUAUUACGCGCUUAAGUGUUCUAAGACAGUAUCCUCAAGUGCUCGACCUGGACGAUGUUAUGUGUGAACUUUCCCACUCGCGAGGCGCCCAACCGCAGCCGUUGCUCGAAAUGAAACCUAAUCAGUUCCUGUGCCCGUACGAAUCGCAUUGUUUCGCACUGUGUCACUGCUGUGAUUACGACGCGUGUGACUGUGAAAUGACCUGUCCGGACAAUUGCACUUGUUAUCACGAUCACACGUGGUCUUCGAACGUGGUCGAUUGUGGAAACGCUGGAUACACGCACGUCCCAGAACGAAUACCGAUGGACGCGACUGAAAUUUAUCUCGACGGAAACGACCUCGGCGAACUAGACAGUCACGUCUUCAUAGGCAAAAAGAAAUUGGAAGUUUUAUUCUUGAACAAUAGUAACAUAAAAGCGCUACAUAAUCGGACAUUUAAUGGUGUCAAGUCUCUACGGGUGUUACACAUGGAAGACAAUCAUCUGAAAGAAUUGCGAGGAUUCGAGUUCGAUCAACUGGAAAAGAUACAAGAACUUUAUCUGGAUCAUAACGAGAUCGCGUACGUCGGAAACAAAACGUUCAAAAACAUGCAUAAAUUGGACGUGCUGAAGUUGAACGAUAACAAGAUUGUUGACUUUUCACCUUGGAAACAGUUGCCGGAAACUUCCGAUUCCGGUCCGGCUCCUCGUGUUGUUCUAGACGGCAACAAGUGGUCGUGUAAAUGUGCGCAGUUAGGUAAACUGGAUGCGUGGAUUCGGAGCGUGGAUAGCGAUUUAUCAAAGUUAAUGUGCGCCGAUAGCGACGGCGAGACGCUCGCCGACGCCGCGCGUCGUUGUGAGACAACCGAAAACGUGAUCGCCACGUCGAUCGUCCAAAGGGAACUCUUGCCAAGCAACUCACUCUUAGGUGGCAGCUUUGCCCCACUUUUGGCCGCAACCCUUGCAAGUGUUAUUGUUUUAUGUCUUCUAGUCGCCCUCGUGUUCGUGUGCAGACAGAACGUACGACUAUGGGUGCACUCCAAAUACGGCAUCCGAAUAUUCCAAGAAGGCGUUCCGGAUGAUCCCAAUGACGACAAGGAUCGACUUUACGACUGCUAUAUGGUCUACAGCCACAAAGAUGAUGACAUCAUAGCGCGAACGAUAGCCUCGGAACUGGAGCAAUUAGGAUACACCAUGUGCCUACACUAUCGUGAUCUCCACCUACUCGGAAACACUUCCUACCUGACCGAUGCGAUGGUAGGCGCAGCGGAUGCAUCCAGGAGAUGUGCUCUCGUCUUAUCUCCCAAUUUUAUCUGCAACGAGUGGGCGCGUGGAGAUUUCAAAGCGGCUAUCCAAUCCGCCUUACGUACAGCUGACAGACGCAAGCUUAUAUGCGUUCUUUACGGUCCAUCGGAGCCCAUGGAUCCCGAAUUACGAAGCCUUCUACGUGCUUGCAUGGUUACCAGAUGGGGAGAGCGUCGAUUUUGGGAAAAACUGCGAUAUGCCAUGCCCGAUAUCAUGAACAAUAAGUCAUCCAGGGGCAAAAAGGGUUCUGAUGUACGUUGUAAGCCCAAUGCUCGAUAUACGCCGGCACCAACAGCAACCGAUUCGUGGUACAAGUACCAUUCCAUGCCCCCAGGGGUGCAUGGUAACCAUUUAACGCCAACUCCUACUCAAAGCACUUAUGUUUCCGGCGAAUCCGCAAGAAGUACCGAAGACGAAGGUUCGAGUGCCGGAAGCCAACAUUACGGGUCAGAACAACUGAAUCAUAGUUACGUUUCGAUCGACGGACGACCUCCUCAGUAUUCGCAGUAUCCUCAAUACAAGGAACCGCAUCAUGUGUACCAUACCAUUCCAGAUAACAACCAAUCGCAACAAAGAACUUAUUUUGUAAAGUUAUUAUUCUGUGAUAUUACAAUUUUUUUAAAGACUUUAUACAAAAUGUGGCCGGCGAUGUUCGCAUUACCAGUCUUUUUGUGCGUUAUUUUGGUUGUGACGGUGUUGCGUGUGGAAUGCCGGACUUUAAUAAGUGACCGGCAAACUCCGAAGGGAUGCGAAUGGCAAAUGCAGAGAAUAGAAGAGUCCGAUGACAAAGAAGAACCUGUUCUCGUGUGCCAGAUCCGAACCAUCAACGCCGCAGACGGACUUUUGGCCAAUUUAACCCAAAAUCAGGCAGAUCGUAUUACGGCCCUUCGGCUAGAAUGCAGCGACGUCUUUUUCUUCGAAAGCACUUUGGAACGCAGCAAGUACAGCUCAAACUUUCUGUCCCACUUGAGACGACUGAGGGAUUUGCGGAUCGAGUUUUGUAAAAUUCGUAACAUUCCAUCAUCCGUUUUCACUUCUCUACGAGAACUCAGACGAUUCUCGCUGAGAUCCCACAACUCCGACUGGUCCGCGAUGACUCUGGAACUGCAUUCCGAAAGUUUCCGGAAUUUGGGAGAGUUACGAAGUUUAGAUCUUGCAGAUAACAAUAUCUGGACUACGCCGUCAGAUUUGUUUUGCCCCAUGUACAAUCUGAAACGGCUGAAUCUCACGAAAAAUAAAAUCCAAGACGUUGCAUCUCUCGAAUUCUCAGACUGGGGUAAAGGUCCACUGGCCCCAGGGCAUGCCUGCAUAAACGGUUUAGAAAUAUUGGAUCUUUCCGAUAACGCCGUCAUCUCCAUCCCAGACAACAGUCUUACCGGUCUUCGUGCUUUGGAGGAACUCCAUCUACAAGAAAACGCUAUUUCCACGUUGGGCGAUCGAGCUUUCGUGGGUCUCAGUGGUCUUCACACCCUAAACUUGUCCAGUAACGCAAUCGUUGCACUUCCUCCAGAACUGUUCCAAUCGUCUCGCGAUAUUCGGCAUCUUUACAUACGAAAUAAUUCGUUAAGUGUCCUCGCGCCAGGACUAUUAGAAGGACUCGAUCAAUUACAAGUGCUCGACCUGUCAAUGAACGAUUUGUCGAGUCGUUGGGUGAACAGAGACACGUUUUCCGGUCUGGUUCGUUUGGUUGUGCUAAAUCUCGCGUUUAAUUCGUUAACGCGUAUCGACUCGAAUGUGUUCCACGAUUUGUACAGCUUGCAAAUAUUGAAUCUAGAGAACAACAAAAUAGACUUUAUAGCGGAAGGUGCCUUCUCCGAACUAAAAAAUCUCCACGCUUUAACGCUUUCGCAUAACAAUUUGGUCGAAAUUGAUGCCCAUCAUUUCUCUGGUAUGUACGCUUUACACCAAUUACUACUGGAUUCCAACAAAAUCGAGUCUAUUCAUCCCGAUGCGUUCGAAAACGUAACGAAUCUGCAAGACAUCGGCCUGAAUGGAAACGCGCUGGGAGGUGUGCCCCAAGGAUUAGGAAGGCUCCGAUUUCUAAGGACUUUAGACCUGGGAAAGAACCGCAUCGAAUCUGUUACUAAUUCUUCGUUCGAAGGCUUGGAUCUGUUGUACGGUUUGAGGCUCGUCGAUAAUCUCAUAGUGAACAUUUCUAGAGACACGUUUUCAUCUCUUCCAUCUCUGACUGUUCUGAAUUUGGCCUCUAACCGCAUCAAAUACGUCGAACAAAGUGCUUUUGCGAGCAAUACGGCCCUGAAGGCGAUAAGGUUGGACAGUAACGAACUAACCGACAUAAGUGGCGUGUUUACCAAUUUACAAACUUUAGUUUGGUUGAACGUAUCUUCGAAUAAACUCAUGUGGUUCGAUUACAGUCAUCUGCCAACCAGCUUGGAAUGGUUGGACAUGCACGAGAAUGAAAUUAACGAGCUGGGUAAUUAUUACGACGUACGUAAUACGCUUAAAAUAAAAAUGCUAGACGUAAGUUUUAACUUGAUCAGUGAAAUAAACGAGAACUCCAUUCCAGACAGUGUCGAAACUCUAUUUAUAAACAAUAAUCGCAUUGCGACCGUGCAUCCUGGAACGUUUUAUAAGAAGCUGUCUCUCGAAAAAGUCGUCCUUUACGGCAACAAUAUAAAAAACCUGGACUUGGCUGCGCUAAGUUUAACGCCCGUAAACAACGAUAGAGAUCUGCCGCAAUUUUAUAUCGGCGGCAAUCCGUUUUAUUGCGACUGCAGCAUGGAGUGGCUUCUGCGUAUUACGCGCUUAAGUGUUCUAAGACAGUAUCCUCAAGUGCUCGACCUGGACGAUGUUAUGUGUGAACUUUCCCACUCGCGAGGCGCCCAACCGCAGCCGUUGCUCGAAAUGAAACCUAAUCAGUUCCUGUGCCCGUACGAAUCGCAUUGUUUCGCACUGUGCCACUGCUGUGAUUACGACGCGUGUGACUGUGAAAUGACCUGUCCGGACAAUUGCACUUGUUAUCACGAUCACACGUGGUCUUCGAACGUGGUCGAUUGUGGAAACGCUGGAUACACGCACGUCCCAGAACGAAUACCGAUGGACGCGACUGAAAUUUAUCUCGACGGAAACGACCUCGGCGAACUAGACAGUCACGUCUUCAUAGGCAAAAAGAAACUGGAAGUUUUAUUCUUGAACAAUAGUAACAUAAAAGCGCUACAUAAUCGGACAUUUAAUGGUGUCAAGUCUCUACGGGUGUUACACAUGGAAGACAAUCAUCUGAAAGAAUUGCGAGGAUUCGAGUUCGAUCAACUGGAAAAGAUACAAGAACUUUAUCUGGAUCAUAACGAGAUCGCGUACGUCGGAAACAAAACGUUCAAAAACAUGCAUAAAUUGGACGUGCUGAAGUUGAACGAUAACAAGAUUGUUGACUUUUCACCUUGGAAACAGUUGCCGGAAACUUCCGAUUCCGGUCCGGCUCCUCGUGUUGUUCUAGACGGCAACAAGUGGUCGUGUAAAUGUGCGCAGUUAGGUAAACUGGAUGCGUGGAUUCGGAGCGUGGAUAGCGAUUUAUCAAAGUUAAUGUGCGCCGAUAGCGACGGCGAGACGCUCGCCGACGCCGCGCGUCGUUGUGAGACAACCGAAAACGUGAUCGCCACGUCGAUCGUCCAAAGGGAACUCUUGCCAAGCAACUCACUCUUAGGUGGCAGCUUUGCCCCACUUUUGGCCGCAACCCUUGCAAGUGUUAUUGUUUUAUGUCUUCUAGUCGCCCUCGUGUUCGUGUGCAGACAGAACGUACGACUAUGGGUGCACUCCAAAUACGGCAUCCGAAUAUUCCAAGAAGGCGUUCCGGAUGAUCCCAAUGACGACAAGGAUCGACUUUACGACUGCUAUAUGGUCUACAGCCACAAAGAUGAUGACAUCAUAGCGCGAACGAUAGCCUCGGAACUGGAGCAAUUAGGAUACACCAUGUGCCUACACUAUCGUGAUCUCCACCUACUCGGAAACACUUCCUACCUGACCGAUGCGAUGGUAGGCGCAGCGGAUGCAUCCAGGAGAUGUGCUCUCGUCUUAUCUCCCAAUUUUAUCUGCAACGAGUGGGCGCGUGGAGAUUUCAAAGCGGCUAUCCAAUCCGCCUUACGUACAGCUGACAGACGCAAGCUUAUAUGCGUUCUUUACGGUCCAUCGGAGCCCAUGGAUCCCGAAUUACGAAGCCUUCUACGUGCUUGCAUGGUUACCAGAUGGGGAGAGCGUCGAUUUUGGGAAAAACUGCGAUAUGCCAUGCCCGAUAUCAUGAACAAUAAGUCAUCCAGGGGCAAAAAGGGUUCUGAUGUACGUUGUAAGCCCAAUGCUCGAUAUACGCCGGCACCAACAGCAACCGAUUCGUGGUACAAGUACCAUUCCAUGCCCCCAGGGGUGCAUGGUAACCAUUUAACGCCAACUCCUACUCAAAGCACUUAUGUUUCCGGCGAAUCCGCAAGAAGUACCGAAGACGAAGGUUCGAGUGCCGGAAGCCAACAUUACGGGUCAGAACAACUGAAUCAUAGUUACGUUUCGAUCGACGGACGACCUCCUCAGUAUUCGCAGUAUCCUCAAUACAAGGAACCGCAUCAUGUGUACCAUACCAUUCCAGAUAACAACCAAUCGCAACAAAGAACUUAUUUUGUGUAAACGUAUAAUGGAAAAUGAAUUACUAAAAGGCUGUUUUUUACUUAAUUUUAAUAGUCAUUUACGAAACAAUUUUUGCCUGUGAAUUUAGUUUUAUAUUAUGGCAUCGAUUCCUAUGUGAAUUUAAAUGUGUAUAUAUAUUUUGUAAAUAUUAUAAGAAAAAAUAGUAAUUUAUUACACGUGAAAACUUGCAAAUGUAGUCAUUAAAUUUAGACUGUACAGUGAUCCAGCACUUUAUGUAUAAAAAGACUGUUCUAUUAACUCGAAUUUCAAAUACUUAUCUAAAUAAAUCGUCAAUUCUUAA